AUGUUUCAGAAAUUACAAAGUCGUUGCGAAAUCUGCGUAAUUAUGUUGCGUGAAUGCAGGAAUGGGGAUAAUCAAGAAGGUGUGAAGUUCUUCUCCUUUUGCCUGCGGGCUUUCGAGAAAAUGGGGAGUGGAGGGAUGUCAGAAGAUGAAGAUGGUGUGGAUAAGGUACAUGUUGAGGAACGGGAAUUGGAGGAGGCCGUGAAACUUACCAUGUUUUUGCCAUUCCGCCACUCUACCUUGACAAAGCUUGUUGUGCUCGUGGAUGAGAUUCCUCAAAAUGAAGGGUUGAAGAAGUUGUUUGUGCAGAGUGGGAGAGUUCGCAAGCGUAGAGUUCGCGGUGAUCCCAGAUGUAAGACAUCUGAUCGAAAGCCGCCAAAGAGGUGGUAUUCAUCUUUCUUUCCAGACGGUUAUCUCGACUCUCUGUCGGAAUAUCAGCGGGAGAAGUUGCGCUUAUCGAAGAAAGUAUUCCCCCUGUACGAUAUAGAGACGUUACCGAACUUGUAG